AAAAUGAUCCCAACAUACAAAAUCUGAUUUAUUUUUGCAACGAAAAGUACUUUUCCGAUCGCAAAAUGGACUUUCAAAGCGCUUUAAAUACUCCUCAAUUACGUGUCAAGGUUGUCACAGUUAUACAUUUUUUAUUGAUAGCAUCAGCACUCAACAGCUAUUGGCUACCUGCAGCAUAUCAGUUUUAUAAUUUCAUUUUCAUAAUCUCACUAUUUUGGGCAAUCCAGUGCAGAGAAUCCACGGAAGCAGUUCAAAUAGCAUGUUUUAUUAAUGCUACGAGUUUCUUGUUUGACUUAAUCGGAAUAAUCUCAUAUUUUCCCAGCAGGGGAGGAAUUUUUUCAGCUAUUUUUGCAAUAUUCAAUUUAGCACUUCGUCCAUUUACUCUACUAUUGUUGCAUCGCGAAUUAACUGAUCGUGGAGGAAGCUUCACUAUAACAAGCGAAACAUCCGGCAAUAACCCUGCAAGCUACGAAGAUAUGGAUCAUCCGCGUCAGUCAUUUUCGCCAACUGUUUUGUCAUAAUUUUGUUAAUAAAUAUACGGGUUUUCCGUAAGUUUCAUCCUACAAGUUCGAA